AUCAGAGAAAGUGAAUUUUUUGGACUUAUUUUGAAACUCUGCUUUCUCUUCACAGUAAAAGCCCAGCCAUGAGUACGGACGCAGAGAUGGCCAUUUUCGGCGAGGCAGCCAUAUACCUCCGGAAACCGGAGAGAGAGAGGAUUGCCGCUCAGAACAUCCCAUUUGAUGCCAAGACAGCCUGCUAUGUGACUGACAGCAAAGAGCUGUACCUCAAAGGCAACAUACAGAAGAGAGACAGUGGCAAAGUCACUGUAAAGAUCACUGGUGGACAAGGUGUAACAGUGACGGAGGAUGAUGUGUAUCCAAUGAAUCCUCCGAAAUUUGAUAAGAUUGAGGACAUGGCCAUGAUGACUCACCUCAACGAGGCCACUGUGCUGUAUAACCUCAAAGAGCGUUACGCAGCAUGGAUGAUCUAUACCUACUCUGGGCUGUUCUGUGUUACUGUGAACCCCUACAAGUGGUUACCAGUCUACAACCAGGAGGUGGUAGUGGCCUAUAGAGGGAAGAAACGCAUGGAAGCCCCGCCUCAUAUCUUCUCUGUCUCUGACAACGCAUAUCAGUUCAUGCUCACUGACCGAGAGAACCAGUCUGUCCUUAUCACUGGGGAAUCUGGUGCAGGAAAGACUGUGAACACUAAGCGUGUCAUCCAGUACUUUGCGACAAUCGCAGUGUCUGGGAAGAAAGAAUCUACCAGUGGCAAAAUGCAGGGCUCGCUGGAGGAUCAAAUCAUUGCAGCCAACCCCCUGCUAGAGGCCUAUGGGAAUGCCAAAACUGUGAGGAACGACAACUCCUCACGAUUUGGUAAAUUCAUCAGGAUUCAUUUUGGAACCACUGGAAAGCUAGCAUCAGCUGAUAUUGAGACAUACUUGCUGGAAAAGUCCAGAGUGACAUUCCAGCUUGCUGAUGAGAGAAGUUAUCACAUCUUCUAUCAAGUAAUGACCAACCACAAGCCAGAGCUGAUAGAGAUGCUGCUCAUCACAACCAACCCAUAUGAUUUCCCCAUGAUCAGUCAGGGGCAGAUCACUGUGACCAGCAUCGUAGACAAAGAUGAACUGGUCGCCACCGAUACUGCUAUUGAUAUCUUGGGCUUCACGCUGGAUGAAAAAAUGGGCAUCUUCAAGCUGACAGGUGCUGUGAUGCAUCAUGGGAACAUGAAGUUCAAGCAGAAGCAGAGGGAGGAGCAAGCAGAGCCAGACGGCACUGAGGUGGCUGACAAAAUUGCCUACCUCCUGGGCCUGAAUUCUGCAGAUCUGCUAAAAGCUCUCUGCUACCCCAGAGUGAAGGUUGGAAAUGAAUAUGUCACCAAGGGACAGACAGUCCAGCAGGUGAAAAAUCAUAUCUAUUCAAUAUUACCAAUAAAUGCACAUCAAUUAGUCCAUUAUGAUUAUUCCAAUUCUGUUGUAUUAUUGUUUACCUUUUAGGUCCAUAAUUCAGUUAUGGCCCUGGCAAAAUCCAUCUACGAGAAGAUGUUCUUGUGGAUGGUUAUCCGCAUUAACCAGAUGUUGGACACCAAGCAGCCAAGGCAGUUCUUCAUUGGUGUCCUGGACAUCGCUGGGUUUGAGAUCUUUGAUUACAACAGUCUGGAGCAGCUGUGUAUCAACUUCACCAACGAAAAACUGCAACAGUUUUUCAACCACCAUAUGUUUGUGCUGGAACAAGAGGAGUACAAGAAAGAGGGAAUUGAGUGGGAGUUCAUAGACUUUGGAAUGGACUUGGCCGCCUGCAUUGAGCUCAUUGAGAAGCCAAUGGGCAUCUUUUCCAUCCUUGAAGAGGAGUGCAUGUUCCCCAAGGCUUCAGACACCACCUUCAAGAGCAAGCUGUACGACCAGCAUCUGGGAAAGACUGGCUGCUUUCAGAAGCCCAAGCCUGCCAAAGGCAAGGCCGAGGCCCACUUCUCCCUGAUGCACUAUGCCGGAACUGUCGACUACAACAUCUGUGGAUGGCUGGACAAGAACAAGGACCCGCUGAACGAGUCUGUGGUCCAGCUGUAUCAGAAGUCUGCCGUUAAACUGCUGUCUCUCUUAUAUGCAAGCUUUACACAAGCCGAUGAUCUUAGCAAGAAAGGUGCCAAGAAGAAAGGUGGCUCCUUCCAAACAGUGUCUGCCUUGUUUAGGGAGAACUUGGGCAAGCUGAUGACAAACCUCAGAUGCACUCAUCCUCACUUUGUGCGCUGUUUGAUUCCCAACGAGUCAAAGACUCCAGGUCUCAUGGAGAAUGCCUUGGUGAUCCACCAGCUGAGGUGUAAUGGUGUGUUAGAAGGUAUCAGAAUCUGCAGAAAAGGUUUCCCAAGCAGAAUCCUGUAUGGUGAUUUCAAGCAAAGGUACAAAGUAUUGAAUGCCAGUGUUAUCCCCGAUGGCCAGUUCAUUGACAACAAGAAAGCUUCAGAGAGGCUCUUGGGGUCAAUUGAUGUGGACCACACUCAGUACAAAUUUGGGCACACCAAGGUGUUUUUUAAGGCUGGGCUGCUGGGAACUCUGGAGGAGAUGAGAGAUGAGAAGCUGGCAGCGUUGGUUACAAUGACUCAAGCGCUCUGCAGAGGCUUCGUCAUGAGGAAGGAGUUCAAAAAGAUGAUGGAGCGAAGAGAAUCUAUCUUUAUCGUCCAGUACAACAUCCGCUCCUUCAUGAACGUGAAACACUGGCCAUGGAUGAAGCUGUACUUCAAGAUCAAGCCCCUGCUGAAAAGUGCUGAGACAGAGAAGGAAAUGGCCACCAUGAAGGAAGAGUUUGCCAAGUGCAAGGAGAACCUGGCCAAGGCUGAAGCCAAGAAGAAGGAACUAGAGGAGAAAAUGGUCUCCCUUCUGCAGGAAAAUAACGAUCUUCAGUUACAAGUAGCUUCGGAAAGUGAGAACCUUUCAGAUGCGGAGGAGAGAUGUGAGAGUCUCGUCAAGAACAAGAUCCAGCUGGAGGUCAAAGCUAAAGAGCUGAGUGAGAGGCUGGAGGAUGAGGAGGAGAUCAACGCUGAGCUGACCGCCAAGAAGAGGAAGCUGGAGGACGAGUGUUCUGAGUUAAAGAAGGACAUUGAUGAUCUGGAGCUCACCCUGGUUAAAGUGGAGAAAGAGAAACAUGCCACUGAAAACAAGGUGAAAAACUUGACUGAAGAAGUGUCAACACUGGAUGAAACCAUUGUUAAAUUAUCCAAGGAGAAGAAAGCCCUCCAAGAAGCCCACCAGCAGGUCUUACAUGAUCUCCAGGCAGAGGAAGAGAAAGUCAACACUCUGACCAAAGCCAAGGCCAAGCUGGAACAGCAAGUGGACGACGUAGAGGGCUCUCUUGAACAAGAGAAGAAACAUUCCAUGGACCUUGAGAGAUCCAGGAAGAAGUUUGAGGGAGAUUUAAAACAUGCCCAGGAAUCCAUAAUGGAUCUGGAGAAUGAAAAACAGCAAAUGGAUGAAAAGCAGAAGAAGAAAGACUUUGAAAUCUGUCAUCUUGCUGGGAAAAUGGAGGAUGAGCAAGCCCUUGGUGCCCAGUUGCAGAAGAAACUAAAGGAACAUCAGGCCCGUAUUGAGGAGCUGGAAGAGGAGAUUGAGGCGGAACGUGCUGCCAGGGCUAAGGUGGAGAAACAGAGGUCUGAUCUCUCCAGGGAACUUGAGGAGAUCAGCGAGAGGCUUGAAGAAGCUGGUGGAGCCACCACUGCUCAGAUUGAGGUGAACAAGAAGCGAGAGGCCGAGUUUCAGAAACUGAGACGAGACCUGGAGGAGUCAACUCUGCUCCAUGAGGCUACUUCUGCUGCCCUGCGUAAGAAACACGCAGAAAGUAUGGCCGAGAUGGGAGAGCACAUCGACAACCUGCAGCGUGUCAAGCAGAAGCUGGAGAAGGAGAAGGGAGAAUACAAAAUGGAGAUCAGUGACCUGGUCAGCAACAUGGAGUCGGUGUCCAAAUUGAAGAGUAACCUGGAGAAAAUGUGCCGAAGUCUUGAAGAUCAAAUCAGCGAGCUAAAGGCCAAAAGCGACGAAAGUCAGCGAAACGUCACUGACAUCACUGUUCAAAAAGCAAGAUUCCAAACAGAGAAUGGCGAGCUUUCUCGUCAGCUGGAGGAGAGAGAAUCACUCGUAUCCCAGCUGACCAGAAGCAAACAGGCUUUGACUUCGCAGGUGGAUGAACUGAAGAGGCUGGCUGAAGAGGAGCUUAAGGUCAAAAAUGCCCUAGCCCAUGUCCUCCAAUCGUCCCGCCAUGACUGUGACCUGCUGAGGGAGCAGUUCGAGGAGGAGCAGGAGGCCAAGGCAGAGCUGCAGCGCGACAUGUCCAAGGCCAAUGGAGAGGUGGCUCAGUGGAGAACCAAAUACGAGUCUGAUGCCAUCCAGAGAACAGAAGAGCUGGAGGAGGCCAAGAAGAAGCUUGCCCUGCGUCUUCAGGAUGCUGAAGAGACAAUUGAGGCUGUGAACGCUAAGUGUUCCUCUCUGGAGAAGAGCAAGCAGGGGCUGCAGGGAGAGGUGGAGGACCUGAUGAUUGAUCAGGAGAAAAAUAAUGCCUGGGCCGCUAACCUGGACAAAAGGCAAAAGAACUUUGACAAGGUUUUGACUGAAUGGAAGCAGAAGUAUGAGGAGAGUCAGGCUGAGCUGGAAGGUUCCCAGAAAGGGUCUCGUGCUAUGAGCACUGAGCUCUUCAAAAUGAAGAAUUCUUACGAGGAAUGUCUGGAUCAGCUGGAGACCAUGAAAAGAGAGAACAAGACGCUGCAGCAGGAGGUCACAGACCUGAGUGAUCAGCUUGGUGAGACUGGGAAGAGCAUCCAUGAAGUGGAGAAGGCCAAGAAGAUUAUAGAGACUGAGAAAGCAGAGAUCCAGACAGCUCUUGAGGAAGCAGAGGCCUCUCUGGAGCAUGAGGAGUCCAAGAUCCUACGGAUGCACCUGGAGCUGGCCCAGGUCAAAGGCGAAGUGGGCAGGAAGCUAGCGGAGAAGGACGAGGAGAUGGAUAAGCUAAAAUGCAACAGCCAGAGGUUGAUCGAGUCCAUGCAGAGCACUCUGGAAGCUGAGGUCAGGGGAAGGAAUGAUGCUCUCAGGUUCAAACGCAAAAUGGAGGCUGAUCUUAACGAGAUGGAGGUCCAGCUGAGUCAUGUCAACCGGCAGUCUGCUGAGGCCCAGAAACAGUUGAGGAAUGUCCAGGGACAACUUAAGGAUGCCCAGCUGCACCUGGAUGAGGCUCUGCGUAGCCAGGAGGACCUGAGGGACCAGGCAGCAAUGGUAGAGCGCAGGAGCUCCCUGAUGCAGGCCGAAGUGGAGGAGCUGAGGGCUGCCCUGGAGCAGACGGAGAGGAGCCGCAAGAUGGCCGAGCAGGAACUGACUGACGCCUGUGAGAGAGUGGGGCUGCUGCAUUCCCAGAACAUCAACCUGAUGAGCACCAAAAAGAAGCUGGAUGCUGACCUCACCCAACUCCAGGCUGGGGUUGAGGAUGCUGUCCAGGAGGCCAGGAAUGCAGAGGAGAAAGCCAAGAAGGCAAUCACGGAAGCAGCCAUGAUGGCUGAGGAGCUGAAGAAGGAGCAGGACACCAGCGCUCACCUGGAGAGGAUGAGGAAAAACCUGGAGGUCACAGUCAAGGACUUGCAGGUCCGUCUGGACGAGGCUGAGAACUUGGCCAUGAAGGGAGGCAAGAAGCAGCUCCAGAAACUGGAGACCAGGGUGCGAGAGUUGGAGGGAGAACUGGAGGCUGAGCAGAGGAUGGGAGUUGAUGCCAUCAAAGGAGUCAGGAAAUAUGAGAGGAGAGUCAAGGAACUCUCCUACCAGGCAGAGGAGGACAAGAAGAAUGUCUUCAGACUCCAGGACCUGGUGAACAAGCUGCAGCUGAAAGUAAAGGCAUACAAACGCCAGGCUGAGGAAGCUGAAGAGCAGGCUAACACCAACCUGAAUAAGUUCAGGAAAGUGCAACAUGAACUGGAGGAGGCAUCCGAGAGGGCUGAUCUCGCUGACUCCCAGGUCAACAAGAUGAGAGCCAAGAGCAGAGACAUGGGCUCAAUGAGCAAAGAAUAGUGAAGAGAAGAUAUGACUCAGAAGACUCCUAAAAUCGUUUUUAAUGACUUAUGUACUACGCAUGCUUGGCUCACUGUAUGUGCUGUAUUAUUAAACUCACAUAGUAUGGGUUUUGUGUGUAGGCCUAUGAUAUAAGCUCCUUGGAAAGAAUAGUGCAUUUCUACCUGAAGUAUUUUGGCGCCGCCUUGUGGUUAACACCCGUUGUAUUUAAAAAAAAAUCUUGCCUCCACUAUUUUACUUCAAGAUUGCGACACUAAGAUUACUUUCGACCUAAUAAAUAUGGCUAUACUGUGUGUUACAAAGAGCA